AUGGUUGCCGACACAGUACUUUACCACCCAACAUUAACCAAGUUGGUUAAAUUCUGGGACGUGACACCUCAGAGAGAAAAGACCUAUAGGUUAUUGGCUUACCUUUCCAGGUUUCUCGGCUACUAUGCCUACAGAAAAGGCUACUCCAAGGAGACAAUCGACAUGUUCAUCAACUUGAAGAACCAGUUUUCUUUCAUCAGGAAAGGGAUGAGAUUUUUCAAGCCAAUCUCACAUUUGCAAGCGGCCGCCAAGGCCUUUGACAACAAGUUGAUGGACCCCGUGUUGCAAGCAACCACCGUCAUUAGAAACUUGGGCUACGCGGGCUACUUGACCAUUGAUGCGUUCUUGUUUGGCAAAAUGUUGGGCAUUGUCGACAAGUCGAGAUUCCCCGAGGCCGCGAAAUACGCCAGCAGAUUCUGGUUGCUUGGCUUGGUUGCUGGUGUCGUUAACUCGUUGAGAAUCAUCUACACGUUGAGCAGCUACGAGCAGAACCCCGAGGAUGAAAAGAGCGCCACCGACUUGGCCACCAUCAAGCAGAAGUUGUACCUGGCCAAGAGGAAGUUGGUGUGGGACUUGCUUGAUUCCUUCAUUGCUUUGAACUCCUUGGACUACUUGCACUUUACUGAGGGUGACGUUGGCUUGGCUGGUGUCUUGACCUCGAUCAUGGGUUUGGAAGACUACUGGAGUGCUCAAAAGGCUUAA